AUUUUCAGAUGUUGGAAGGUAUAAAUGAGGGAUGUGAAAUGACUCGUUCACAUGUAGAUGAUAUAUGCUUCGAUUUAACUCUCGGAAUGCCAUCACUGGAGCACGAUUACUUAUCUGCCAAUGAUCCGAUGCUUACCAGUUCAUUGGCCAAAGCUUUUGAUGCUGAUGCACGGCUUACUGCUAUCAUCGAUGAUGUUGCUAACGCUGAUCUAUCUCAAUUAAGUAUUGGAUUGAAUGAAGAUCCUACAAAUUCAACAACGAUGAACAAUGGUAUAAUUCAACAAAAAUGGCUAUCAAUGACGCCAACGUCUUCUAGGAAAAAAGCAACUAUAGUUACUUGUGAAUAUUGUGGUGUUAUGCUUAAGCAUCCUUCGAAAAUUGAAGCCCACCGACGGACACACACUGGCGAAAAGCCAUUUCAAUGCCAGAUUUGCGGUUCAAGGUUUACACAGCGUACGCCAAUGCGAAUGCAUGUACGACGUCAUAUGGGCCUAACGCCUUAUGUGUGUUCGUGGGGAUGUGGUAAACGUUUUGUUUCAAAUGCACUAAAGAAUGCGCAUGAGCUGAAAACCCACAUGGGAGCUAAAAGACGUGGUCCACCUCGACCUCAUCUUAAGCCACCAAGGUGUCCGGUACCGAUAAAUAUAAUUGAAAAAACUGGCAACAGUGAAGGAAGCGCUAAUGUUUCUAGUCGUCAUGCACGUUCGGACGAACAACUGUCACUGAACCCGGAUACUGAUAAUAGGCAAAUAGAUGAGAUAGUCGAUGAGGUUGAUGCUUCAAAUUCUUUCCCAGCGGAGCAAAAAAUUAAAUCACAUCGAAAGAAGGCUUUGAUAGCUCGAUGUCAGGAAUGUGGUUUGCUUCUAAAACAUCCUUCCAAAAUUCAAGCGCACAUGCGAACACAUACCGGUGAACGUCCAUUUGAAUGUGCUUUAUGUGGGAUGCGAUUUGCAACUGCUAAUCCGUUAAGGGUACACUUUCGUCGCGCACAUACAGGUGAGAAACCAUAUGAAUGUACAUGGGAGUGUGGACGACGUUUCGUUUCAGUGUCCGCCCGUAAUGAACAUGAACGAAUCGUACACGCAGGUAUCAAAAGAUAUCGUUGUUCCAUCAAUAACUGCCAUCGAAUGUUUACACGACGUCGUUAUUUAAUAAUGCAUCAAGCAAAAGAGCACAAGCAUGCUACGCAGCAAGCUGAUAACGCUAUCCAGUCGGUUCUGGACAUGGUAAAACAAGAUAGAGAAGAAACCAGGAGGAAUGCAGUGUGGUCUUCUGAAAUACCGGAUAACCGUAUUAUAGAGAAAAUUUGGAUCGAAGAUAGAGUUUUGAGUGGGGAACAGGUUGAUGAACAAUAUAUUAAUGCCGGGAAUGGAAAUAGCAGUGCUUUGCUUGAAUGUGCCAGUGUUGGAGUUGUAAAAGCACCAGAAAAUGAUUUGUCGAAUGAUGAAAGCUGUCGACAGGUGAUAAUUGAUGGAACCGAUGAUGAUGCUGCACUGGAAAGGAAUUAUUUUGUGGGAACAAAUGAAGUAUAUUAUCUUGAUCAAAGUCAUGGAAUUCGGUUGGGGUAUAGCGAACAACAGCAGCAGCUCUCUGGUGAUCAUCAAUUUGCAAGUGAAACAGGACCAUCUAUCGUUUCUCCUGAUAUCAGUGUAAGAGCGCUAGAUAGGAAUGUUUAUGCAGUUUGUGAAGAAAGCACCACAGUUUUGCCUAAAUAUGGUCGUGUUCGAAUUAUUAAACCAAUGACGAAAAUACCUUAUGAGAAAAACUAUUGAAGAUUUAUAGUGUACAAAGAUGCAUUAUCAUUGCUUGAUCAUUUUUCACUCUAAUAUUGUAUACUAUUAAGGACUACAGCAAUGAAUGUAAUUCGUUAUUUGUUUAUACGACAG